GCGCGAAUACGAUACGAUAAUUGUAGGCUUAAGCAGUGCAAUUACAUGAGUAUAUCGUUGUGAAAUAAAAUUUAAUUAACGCCUUCCUAUUGUUUCAGCUGGUAGACGAGCACCUUGCAGUAAUGAAGGAGAACCUGUUCGAGUUGAUCAUAUAGACAAGCUUAGAUGCUUCUCCUGCAUCUGUAUGAACGGACUUGUGGAGUGCAGAAACGAAAACUACUGUCCGCCGAUUGAAGGAUGCCACAUGCUGGUCGAAAAGACCGAAGAUGGAUGCUGUCAAAAAUGCAAGGGGUGCAUAUACAACGGGGUUCAUCACGAGAGUCACACGGAGUGGACGGAGACGGAGGAUCCAUGUAAAGUAAUGCGAUGCGAAGCGGGUGUUGUAACGGUAUCGAACGUGCAAUGUCACACCCCUUGUGCAAAUCCACAACCACCCGAGCAAGGAAAAUGUUGUCCUACGUGUUCAGGUAUGUUUAUCCUCACUUUACUUCUGCUCGACAUUAUUAUUCAAAGCGAGUAA